AUGGCUUCAAAUGGUGAACCACAGUUGAAUGAUGAUAGUGGAUCAGAGACCGAGGAUGAUGUAACCGAAACCUCACCAACACCGCCACUGACUACGAAGAACAAAAGCAAAGGGAAGAGAAAGAAACCAGAAGCAGCAAGCGCUUCGAACCAGAAAGCUUCGAACCAGAAAUCAUGGUCUCAAGUAUGGGACCACUUCCAGAGACCUGAGAAUGACAAGACAAAGGCAAUUUGCAAUUAUUGCAAGAAGGUGUUUGUGGCUCCAUCAGGCAAUGGCACAUCCAACCUGAAGAAACAUAACAUGGUCUCUUGCAAGGCUUUCUCCGCGUGGACAACUGCUAAUAGUGGAAAGAAAGACCAAACCGUGUUGUCUUCUGAUGGUUCUGAUGUUCGACUUUGUAAAAUGUCUGAGAAGGUGAUUAGGGAAGCUUCUAAUGAGAUGAUUGUGUUAGCGAGCUGCCUUUAUCUUUCAUUGAGGGCUUGGCAUGGAGACAUUUCUGCGGUUGCGAUGAAGAAGAUUCUUGAUGCUAAUAAGCAGAGAUUGUCUCUGACUACAGAUAUUUGGGUGGCGCCUCAUACAGGAGCUAGUUAUAUGGUGAUAACAGCUCAUUUCAUCGACGCUUGGUGGCAACUAAGGAAACUUAUCAUUGGAUUCAAGAAUGUGUAUGAUCAUAAAGGUGCAACUAUAGCUAAGGUUCUUCUUGAUUGUAUGGCUGAGUGGGAUAUCAAGCGAGUUUUCUGCGUCACCGUUGACAACGCCACAGCUAACAGUAAUGCCAUGGAGACAUUCAAGAAAGAGUUCAAGCAUAGGAGAUGA